AUGAAACCCAAUCGGUUCGGUUUUGACGACGACUUCAAAACCGGAUUAUCAAUGUUGAAACUGAUGAACCCGAACGACAAAGUCACUCAGCUCAUAGGUUACUGCGAGGAGCGAAAUAUCAUACUAACAGAGUACCAUAUGAAUGGAGAUGCUAGGAACGUGUUGGCUCUAAUGGAGAAAAACAUUUCUGUUGAUACAAUCGAGAACCGGUUGAAGUUGUGUAUCAACUACGCCGAGUUGUUACAGAUGUUGCACAGUGGUCCAUACGGCACUAGAGUGGCCUGUGACUCGAAUACUUUAGAAAAGUUGCUCAGUCAGUUUCUAGUCACAUCCGACCUGAAAUUGAUAGUGAAUGAUGUGGAUGCCCUGCCACAAGUUCAACCGAACUCCUCAAUUGUGUGCGGAUCUCGGCGGCUGGCUGGAGAUUUUGUUGCUCCUGAACAAAAAUCAACGUCUGUGAUUGGCUACAAUGAGAAAACAGACAUCUGGAAAGCUGCCUCUGUGUGCCAGUAUUUCAUUGAAGGCCAUAAGGACUCGCAGAUCGUUUUGUACAGCAUCUACGAGAUGCAUAAACAGUGCAAGAACAGGGAUCCCAACCUGCGUCCCUCGGCUGACGAACUGGUCGAUGGCUACAAGCGUGUCUUGUACGAUCUCAUUGCGUUAAGAUCUGAAUUGUAA